CUCGUCACCCUCCACUUGGUGAAACACCACCUUUCUCUAUCUUGCCUGUUGCGUGCCCCCGCGCCACGUGAUAAUCCGCCAGCGAAUCCCAGCGGCUCUCUUAUCCAAAAACAAAAAAAAAAAACCUGCAAUCCUCCCCUCCUUCAGCCCUUCACGAGAGACCUAAUCGACACCCAGAUCCUGAGAAAGAGGGUGGUGGAGGUGCAGAAAAAAAAAAAAAGAUUAGCGCGCUGCUGCCUCGGGCGGUGCCCAGGAAAUUUGCAGGAUCCUGGUGUCACGGCGGUCAUUCUGAUUCAGAGGCUCAAUUAAUCUGACCCCGAUUUACGAGCAGCCCCCGACCUCGCCAACUUCGAGACCACGUCCAGAAAAUGUCCCGCAUCCCAACCCGACAUCUUGGGAGAUACCUCCUUCAAGGCCAGUUGCCUCGAAAGGGCUGCCUUGCUUCUUCAAACUACACCCCCAGAGGAUCUUGUAGAGUGGCAGCUUCGUGUUCGUGCUCUCGCUGUCUACAACCCUUUUCCCCUCAGGCUACGAGAGCAGUGCACGUCUCGACCUCGUCAGCGGCUUCACCUGCCGACACCCCCAUCAUUCCACUCCGCAAGAAGCUCAAAGAUGAGGCCAAACAGCUCAAGAAGGAGUCCAGAAAGAACAAGGCGCAAAAGGGAAGCGCCCAAACGGUGGACGGAUGGGAGCUGACAGUGGGUAUCGAGAUUCACGCCCAGCUCAACACCUCCCGCAAACUCUUCUCGCCCGCCGCCACCUCCUUUAACGACGAACCAAAUUCUCACGUUGCCCUCUUCGAUCUUUCCAUACCUGGUUCUCAGCCUCUUUUCCAACCGCAGACCCUCAUCCCCGCUCUCCGCGCCGCCCUGGCCCUGAACUGCGACAUUCAACCGGUCAGUCGCUUCGACCGGAAACACUACUUCUGGUGGGAUCAGCCCUCGGGCUAUCAAAUUACCCAAUACUACGAGCCCCUCGCUAGGAACGGCAGCAUCACCUUGCUUGCCCGCGACGGCAUCGCCCCCGAGGACGGCGACAGCGUCACCGUUGGUAUCCAGCAGAUCCAGCUAGAGCAAGACACGGCCAAGACCCUCGCUCAACCCGGCGACGCCCGCUGGCUGGACUUCAACCGCGUCGGCGUCCCGCUCAUCGAGAUCAUAACCAGACCCGAGAUCCACCACCCCCGCACCGCAGCCGUACUAGUGCGCAAGAUCCAGCUGCUGCUCAACGCCGUCGACGCAUGCGUCUCCGGCAUGGAGACCGGCGGCCUGCGGGCCGACGUCAACGUCUCCGUGAGGCGGACAGGCGACACCGCGACGGGCCGUCUCGGGACGCGCACCGAGGUCAAAAACCUCAGCACCAUCAAAGCCGUCGAAGACGCCAUCAUCGCCGAGCGGGAUAGGCAGAUCGCCCAAAUCGAAGCGGGCGGUUCCGUCGUCGGCGAGACGAGGGGGUGGACCCUAGGUUCGAAACAGACGCGCCGCCUGCGCGGCAAGGAGGGCGAGGUCGAUUACCGGUACAUGCCGGAUCCGGAUCUCGGGCCCCUCCUUAUCUCGGAGGACUUGGUCCGCCACAUCAAGGAAUCCGUGGCCCAUUUGCCCGACCGCGAGUUGGACGAGCUUGUCGACAGAUACGGCGUCAGCGCCAAGGAUGCCGUGUCGCUGAUGGCCCUUGACAACGGUGCCCGCAUCGAGUAUUUCUACAACGUCGUGGGGGGGCUGGGAAAGCGUCUCCGUGAAGCGGAAGGCCGGACACCGCAGCAGCCUCUUGACCUUGAACUAGACCCGGACCUCAAGAAGUAUGCGCCGCUGGCAGCGAACUGGAUCCUUCACGAAUUCGGCCGCCUCGUGACCGACAGGUCGUCCCCCCAAGACGACGAGACAGCCUUCGAGAUCACGCCCGAGGGCCAAUGCGCCAGGGUGCCCGUCGCAUCCCUGUCCGAACUGCUCUUCCACCUGCACCAGAAGAAAAUCACCGGCAAAGUUGCCAAGGAGCUCCUCUUGGCUCUUUAUCAUGGGAACGUCGGGGAGGCUGGCGGUGUCACGGCUGCCAUCGACGCCCAUGACCUUUGGUUCCAUGAGCUUUCGGAAGAAGAGUACGGCGCUCUCGUAGAGUCGGCUCUUGAAGGCGAGGACAGGGUCUUGAAGGAGUUUGGCGGGAAUAAGAAGACGUACCCUCAGGGGAAGCUCAUGUACUUGGUGGGCAAGAUGCUCCGCUUGGGACCGACGGAGAGGAUUGACCCGGUCAACGCGGAAAAGGCGAUGCGCAGUCGCAUUGAGGAGUUGUGCGGGACGUCAGCAUGACCCGGCUCCUUUUCAUAACGUUGUAGUAUUAUUGUACCUACCAGAUGGGAAAUGAUUACCUAGAAGAGCAGCCAUGCUCGUGUAACAAAACGGAGUAGAAAUUACACGGACGCAGCAUCUAGGAGCCAAUAUAUAAUACAUACCAUACCCUACGGUGGCUGACGGAAAGUUGGGUAGAAAGUAGCCUACCUGUGAUACAAUAAAGCCCGUACGGUGGCUACCCGGCUGCACUGUGGUCGACAUCUUGAGGUGGCUCGUGAGCCACCUAUAUAAUUCCUCCUUGCCUCACCUUCCCAAUGCGGACAUAAAAAUCGUUAUCAUGUAGCGUAUCCGAACAGCUCGCAAAUCUGCAUCAUGCGGAAACAG